UUGGAGCAGUUGAACUUGGACUUGUCCUUGCUCAGAUAAUUCAGUGCAUAUUUCCUAAUUUAACAAGCACUCCCAGGCCAGGCACAGGGGCUUAUGCCUGUAAUUCCAGCACUUUGGGAGGCCCAAGUGGGUGGAUCUCCUGAGAUUAGGAGUUCAAGACCAGCCUGGCAACAUGGUGAACCCCCGUCUCUACUAAAAGUACAAAGGUUAGCCAGUUGUGGGGGCGGGCGCCUGUAAUUUCAGCUACUCAGGAGGCUGAGGCAUGAGAAUCACUUGAACAUGGAAGGUGGAGGUGGCAGUGAGUGGAGAUCGUGCCACUGCAGUCCAGCCUGGGCAACAGAGGGAGACUCCAUCUCAAAAAAAAAGAAAAGAAAAAAUAGCAUCUCCAUAUUUUCAUGGUUCAUUUCACAUUUUACAGCUCAGGUGCUGAGGAGCCUUAGGAUGCGUGGUAUUUUUUUCUUUCCCAUAAUACAUAAGAUAACAGCAUGCCUUCCUCUCUGGUGGUGUCUGAGACGUGAGGAGUACGAUCAGCAUCAUUACAAGUACUGACUGUCACGCCUUUGGGGUCCUGCGCUGCUGUACCAUCUCGUGUCACUGUCAGGGAGCUCUGGCUGAGCAUCAGCUAGGAUGUGACCCAGAAGCCUGGCUUGGCUCUCAGCUCAAUAGUGUCCUUCCUUUCAAUGGACUCACUCAUCACAACUCAAGAAUUGCAGAGCAGGCAGCACGGAGCCAGUCGGAGAAUUCCUGCCUCCUUAGCAGCCAAAGCCUUGAGGAAGUAAAGUUAUAAACGUACUUUAAAGUCUGUAUUUCCAGCCCCAAAAGUCCACUGAAUGCUGGGUAUGGGAACAUUACAAUUUACAAGCGGCUUGUGGCAACCCCAGAGCUGGCGCUUCUGGACAAACCUCCACCCCCUGCCUAAAAGGGCUGCUUCCUGCUUUGCUGUAAUUGGGGCUUGGAGCCUGAUCCAGCUUUGAGGGUCACUGGGGGUUCCCCAGGCUAGGGGUUCUCCAGCCCCAGAGUAUUAGAAUUUCAGUUGGAAUCGGGCAGAAUAUCAGGUCUCCACUACGGGGCGCCAUGGCUCCACUGAGGCCGAGGUGGUUUCAGGACUCCGAGAGAUCCCUGGGCAAGGGGAUCACUGCAGUCGUGGAUUGUGGGAGUUCCUGGGACAGGCUCCCCAGGAUGGGUGGACUCUACAGCCAUUCGAGUAGGAAGGCGCUGGGGUUCCGUGGGAUUUGGGGCGGCACAAAGAUCUGGGAGGGAAACUAUGGUCUAGAUGAAGUCCUAGGAUGCCCAGGCCAGGGGCACUGCAGCCCUGGGUGGUCGCUCGGUGCACUGGCCCGACCCAGCUUCAGGCGGCUCAGGUAGAGGAGGGUGCCAUAAAGGCUUCUGGGCUUUGGGGGUGUGGCCACUUGGGGCGUGGUUUGAUGUGGGGGCGUGGUCUCCCGCGGGCGGAGCAACGCGGAACCCGGGCGGCGGCAGCAGCGGCAGGAAAUCGGGGCUCGGCCCCGCCGGCGCGAGACCCUAUCCCCAUCCCGGUCCCCGCAGAGCGAUCCCCAGGCCCAGGCAUGGACGCAGCAGAGCCGGGCCUCCCCCCGGCUCCUGAGGGCAGGAAGAGGUACAGUGACAUCUUCCGGAGCCUGGACAAUCUUGAAAUCUCACUGGGCAAUGUGACCUUUGAGAUGCUGGCUGGAGACCCUCUACUCUCAGAAGACCCAGAACCUGACAAGACCCCCACAGCCACUGUCACCAAUGAAACCAGCUGUUGGAGCGGCCCCUCCCCAGAGGGUCCUACACCCCUCACAGGGGAAGAACUGGAUUUGCGGCUCAUUCGGACCAAUGGGGGUGUAGACGCAGCCCUGGAAUAUGCCAAGACCUGGAGCCGCUAUGCCAAGGAGCUGCUUGCCUGGACUGAAAAGAGAGCCAGCUACGAGCUGGAGUUUGCCAAAAGCACCAUGAAGAUCGCUGAAGCUGGCAAGAUGUCCAUUCAACAGCAGAGCCACAUGCCUCUGCAGUACAUCUACACUCUGUUUCUGGAGCACGACCUCAACCUGGGAGCCCUGGCCAUGGAGACAUUGGCCCAGCAGAAAAGAGACUACUACCAGCCCCUCGCCGCCAAACGGACUGAGAUUGAGAAGUGGCGGAAGGAGUUCAAGGAGCAGUGGAUGAAGGAGCAGAAGCGGAUGAAUGAGGCGGUGCAGGCACUUCGGCGUGCCCAGUUGCAGUAUGUGCAACGCAGCGAAGACCUGCGGGUGCGCUCCCAGGGGUCCCCUGAGGACCCGGCCCCCCAGGCCUCACCGGGACCUAGCAAGCAGCAGGAGCGGCGGCGGCGCUCACGAGAGGAGGCCCAGGCCAAGGUGCAGGAGGCCGAGGUGCUGUACCACACCUGCAUCCGCGAGGCCAACGCGCGGCAGCAGGACCUGGAGACAGCCAAGCAGCGAAUCGUGUCGCACGUGCGCAAGCUGGUGUUUCAGGGGGACGAACUGCUGAGGCGGGUGACCCUGGGUCUCUUCAGGCUGCGGGGGGCACAGGCGGAGCGUGGCCCCCGCGCCUUCGCCGCCCUGGCCGAGUGCUGUGCGCCCUUUGAGCCGGGCCAGCGCUACCAGGAGUUCGUGCGGGUGCUGCAGCCCGAGGUCCCGCCGCCCCCACCGCCCCUCUUCUCCUUCCAGGAGAUCAUUCACUCCGUUAACAGCUCCCCUCUGGACAUCAGAAAGAAGCUCUCCGGGCCUUUACCUCCAAGGCUGGACGAGAAUUCAGCUGAGCCAGGCCCUUGGGAGGACCCGGGCACAGGCUGGCGCUGGCAAGGGACUCCAGGCCCCACUCUGGGCAGUGAUGUGGACAGCGUGGGCGGCGGCAGUGAAUCUCGGUCCCUGGACUCUCCUACUUCCAGCCCAGGCGCUGGCAGGCGAAGGCUGGUGAAGGCUUCAUCCACAGGCACUGAGUCCUCAGAUGACUUUGAGGAGCGAGACCCUGACCUGGGAGACGGGCUGGAGAAUGGGCUGGGGAGCCCCUUUAGGAAGUGGACACUGUCCAGCGCGGCUCAGACCCACCGGCUGCGGCGACUGCGGGGCCCAGCCAAGUGCCGCGAGUGUGAAGCCUUCAUGGUCAGCGGGACGGAGUGUGAGGAGUGCUUCCUGACCUGCCACAAGCGCUGCCUGGAGACUCUGCUGAUUCUCUGUGGACACAGGCGGCUCCCAGCCCGGACACCCAUCUUUGGGGUCGACUUCCUGCAGCUCCCCAGAGACUUCCCGGAGGAGGUACCCUUUGUGGUCACGAGGUGCACAGCUGAGAUAGAACACCGCGCCCUGGAUGUGCAGGGCAUUUACCGGGUCAGCGGGUCCCGGGUCCGUGUGGAGCGUCUGUGCCAGGCUUUCGAGAAUGGCCGAGCGUUGGUGGAGCUGUCGGGGAACUCGCCUCAUGACGUCUCGAGUGUCCUCAAGCGAUUUCUUCAGGAGCUCACCGACCCCGUGAUCCCCUUCCACCUCUACGACGCCUUCAUCUCUCUGGCUAAGACCCUGCAUGCAGACCCUGGGGACGACCGCAGGACCCCCAGCCGCAGCCCUGAGGUUAUCCCCUCGCUCAAGACCCUCUUGGCGCAGCUGCCUCCCUCUAACUACAACACCCUGCGGCACCUGGUGGCCCAUCUGUUCAGGGUUGCUGCACGGUUUAUGGAAAACAAGAUGUCUGCCAACAAUCUGGGCAUUGUGUUCGGGCCAACACUGCUGCGGCCACCGGAUGGCCCUCGGGCAGCCGGCGCCAUCCCUGUCACUUGCCUGCUGGACUCUGGGCAUCAGGCCCAGCUUGUGGAGUUCCUCAUAGUGCACUACGAGCAGAUCUUCGGGAUGGAUGAGCUCCCCCAGGCCACCGAGCCUCCACCCCGAGACUCCAGCCCAGCCCCUGGGUUCCUUACAACCAGCCCCCAACCACCACCCCUGCACCUUGACCCGGACUCCCAGCCCCCAGUCCUAGCCUCGGCCCCUGGCUCGGACCCCCAGCCCCACAGUGACCUGGAGCAGCAUCUCACCGCUACACCCACUGAGAUUCCAACUCCACAGAGUGACCAGAGAGAGGAAAUGGCUGAAGACAUCAAAGAUGGAGGAGGGGAAGUGUCCAGCCAAGGCCCAGAGGACUUACUCCUGGGGACACAGUCUCGUGGCCACUUCAGCCGCCAGCCAGUGAAGUAUCCCCGGGGCGGUGUGCGGCCUGUCACCCACCAGCUGUCUAGUCUGGCCCUGGUGGCUUCCAAGCUGUGUGAAGAGACCCCCAUCACAUCAUUGACCAGAGGGAGUUUGCGGGGGCGGGGGCCCAGCCCUGCAGCCACCUCCCGUGAGGGUAGCCCCCUGCGCCGCACCCCGCUGCCCAAGCAUUUUGAGAUCACCCAGGAGACAGCCCGGCUACUCUCCAAACUGGACAGCGAGGCUGUGCCCAGGGCCACCUGCUGCCCAGACAUCCAGCCUGAGGAAACCGAGGACCAUCUCUGACCACCCCGGCAGGGAAGAGGCCCAGGAUUGAGAAGACAGACCCAUAUCUCCCACCUCCCGCCACCUGGAGGCCAAACACCCAGCCAGGAGUUCAAUGUUGGGAGGUCAAGAGGGUUCUUAUCAGGAAAAACUGUUUAAUACAUGGCCUGGGGGAGGCCUAAAACCCUUUUGGCGGCAAUGUCCCAGAAUCCCCCCACUAGACACAGCUCAUUGCCAAGCGUCAGGGUCACUCGGGCUCAGAGGUCACUCAGGGUCAGUACUCAGGGUCAAUAUAGGUUAUGAGAUCUUUGGAGUCCACCCUAGCCUCUGACCCCUGGGACAGGGGUGCCUUUUAUACUUUCAUUGUGGUCACUCCCCAACACCUGCCUGCCUCCUCCCACUCCAAGUGACCUUGGAGGAGAUGGGCAGCUCAGACUCCACAUUCUGGUGGUGCCUGGGGUCUGAUGGCCUCUAAUAAACUGUGUCCU